GAAAACGUUAUUUUAUAGGUUUUUACACAGAGUUCCAACCUCUUUCCUGAAUGUUUCACUGCGGUUAUCGACAGUUUUCUGUCAUCACAUCUCUGAGCCAGCUGAGCGGUUAGCCACAGAAGCUAACUGUUAGCACUCACAGGUCAACUCUUGUCUGGCAGGAGAGGUGCCACAGAGAUGUUGACCCGGUUAAUCAAUGACCCAAACUAGUGCUGGCCAAUCAAGAUGACGAAGUUGAUUCGUCCUUUUGAGACUGAGCCUGCUCAUGGCGCAGACGGCGGGCCGGCGCUACCUGCGAGCUUUCGUCAGUGGAUUCUUUGUCGCUGUUCCAGUCACAGUUACCGUCCUCGAUAGAUUGGCUUACGUAGCGCGAGUAGAGGGAGCUUCGAUGCAGCCAUUUCUGAACCCAGGUGGAGGAUCAGAGUGUGAUGUGGUCCUGUUGAACCGAUGGAGUGUGAGGAACUACCAGGUCCAACGAGGUGACAUCGUCUCUGUUAUGUCCCCCAGAAAUCCCAAACAGAAGAUCAUCAAACGUGUUAUUGGCCUGGAGGGUGACUUCAUUCGGACUCUGGGCUACAAGAACCGCUAUGUUCGAGUCCCUGAUGGCCACUUCUGGAUUGAGGGGGAUCAUCAUGGACACAGUCUGGACAGUAACAGCUUCGGACCGGUGUCCGUGGGGCUCCUUCAUGGUCGGGCCUCUCACAUCAUCUGGCCGCCAAAUCGUUGGCAGCGAAUCAGACCAUCCCUCCCUCUGAACCGAGGACCACUGGACUCUGAGGAUGAGGGAUGAGGAGACAUAAAACCAGGCUGAGACACACGUUGGACCUCCUUCGGGUGUAAGAUUCGUGAGAAGAUCAGCUGAUCAGGGAUAAUUAUUUUGUUUGUGUUCCUUUUUCCUGAAGUCUAAUCUUCAGAUUUCGGUCAUCUCACAAGCAAGUGGCAUCUGUCAGCGUAAGCUGAUUUUUUUAUUUUUUUCAUGUUUUUAUUGUGUUUGUUUGCUUUUCUGGGCCCUACAUUACUUUGUACUUUGGUAAAGUGUAAAAGUAAGGCUUCUGUUUUAAAUUCAAGCUCUUAUCUUGAAUUAAAGUGUUGUCUUCAGUCUCAUACGUUUCUGACUGAUUGUCUCUGAACCUUUCUGUAACCACCAGUGGACAUUUCUGGACAUAAUUUUCUAAUGUCAGUCAGAUCCAGAUGUUAAAACUUGAACUUUUCCAUGACUGCAGCCCACAAGUAGCAAACUCCUGUAAACAACUAAAUGUAAAUAAAACAACAGUGAUUUGCAUGUAUAUACCUGCUUCUAUUUACAGUCAACAGUUUAGUGUAUUCUGAUAUUAGCUGAUCUUAAAUCUGACAGAAAGGUGGAGAUGGAGGGAACAAAAAGCUGGAAAUGUAAGUGAUGGUGAAAAUAAAGCUGAAUUAUUAACAUGAUGGAUGUAAAAAUACAGCCUCAGAAGAAAAGAUAGGAGGAGAUUCAACCAUUUCAAGCUAAUGUUAGAUAAACUUUAACUUUCCAUCAUUUCCAGGACAAUACGUCAUCAGAAGAUUCUGGAUGGAUUUGUGUGACAAAGGAAGAUGGCUGAAUAUCAGACGCCACGGCACUAAAAACGAUGGUGAAAGUGAUGCUUUGCUUUCUUUGUAUUUCUGACUGGAAGCGAAACAUCAGGUUCUCCUUUCAAAUGAAGCAGCCGUCUGACAUCAGCUGAUGUUAAACUUUCACUGGAGAGUUUUUAUCACAACGAGCAUACGGUGAGAAUAACCUGUAAUUAGUGAUGUUAACCAUCCCUUUGAUUUUGAGUACUGAUUGUGGUUUUAAAAAUGUUGCAA